UGCACUUGCAUGGCCGGGUUAGGUGAAGUGUGUAGCCAUGUUGCUGCGAUUCUCGUUGCUGUGGAACAGUGUGUGAGAGAGGGUUUUAAUGCUCCAUCUGUGACAUCUGAGCCCUGCAUGUGGUCAUGAAUAAACAAGAAGAUUGAUCCAAAACCAGUGGCAGACAUUGACUUUUCCAAGCCUGUCAGACAAAGGCCAGUUCAGAGUAGGGAGCCCGUCACAUCUACUGUAGUCACACCAGUCUCACCAAGCAUGCUUUUUAGGUCCUUGAAGGUAAGGAAACAUUUGCAGAAACCUGACAAAUUACAAUAUGUGCAAAAACACAAUAUGUAACUAGACAGUCAUCAGCAUACAUUUACUCUUAACGUGCAAAGUUGUGUUUUUGGAAAAUAUCUGUAGUGUCAUGUGCUACUCAAAAAAAAAAAAAAAAAAAAAAAGGACUAUGACGUAAAUAUUAUUCCCAUUUCAGAAUGAGAUCCCAGACUGUGCACUGUUCACCACUAUAACUUUUGGUAGUCAGACACAGACACUGCAUCUGAGGGAGAGCAGGAGAGCACAGGCAGGGUUGAUAGUCUGACUACAGCUGAGGCAGAUUCUAAUAUGGAAGCACAAGUGAUGGUUCAGAGUGACACACCUUGUACUGACAGCACUGUAGAUGCUAGCAUGCCAAAACCCCUUACACAUCUGUUUGAUGAGAAGCAUAGUUUGCUGUCACAAGCUGAACUACAAAAGGAGUUGGAUAAAAUCAUGCAAACCAUCCCUGCUUACUUUAGUGAACUGAAUUGUAACCAUCUCCAGAAGAGUACACUGGGUCAGUCCUCUUGUAAACAAUGGUUUGAGCAGAGACAGGGCCGAAUCACUGCAAGUCACUUUAAUGAAGUGUUAAAAUGCAAGACAAGUCAUGUUAGCGUGACAUCUAAAAUCAUGGGCUACACAUCAAGCAGAAAUGCACCAGCCUUAGCUUGGGGUAAGAACAGUGAAAAACUAGCUAGAGAAGCCUUUACUUCAAACCAGAUGACUUGUCAUGACAGCUUAUCAGUGGAAGAAGUUGGAUUGGGAGUAAAUCCAAAGUUUCCUCAUUUAGGCGCCAGCCCAGAUGGAAUAGUUCAUUGCAAAUGCUGCCCACCUUCUACACUUGAAAUAAAAUGCCCCUUAAAAUAUGCAAAUAUGUCCAUAACUGAUGCUAUUAAGAGCAAAGAGUUCUGUUUAGGGAAAAACUUUGAGCUUAAAAAGAACCAUGCAUACUAUGCACAAGUUCAGGGGCAAAUGGCAGUGUGUGAACUCAAAACUUCUUACUUUGUCAUUUGGACAACGGAGGACUGCCACACACAGAAGGUAGAGUUCUCUGAAGAGUACUGGGCUCAGAUCAGGCCAAAACUGGAUCUCUUCUACAGACAGCACAUUCUCACAGAAAUUUGCACACACAAAUUGAAGAAACAAUUUCUGAUCGCAGAGACUUCCUGUUUGUGUAAACGUAGGUCUGAAACCUGUCACACAGUGCUCUGUCUGUCACAAGGUGUUUCAUCUGAAAUGUGUAGGCUUAAAAAGGCAUCCAGGUGAGCAAUGGUUUUGUUCAGCAUGUUCAUAAUCUACAUAAAUGUGAAAUCACACACAGUCUUCUUAGUGAUCUGUUAAAAGUUAAUUUAAUUGUUGUGAAAUAUCAAAUGCAAUCAAAAAUUCAAAUGCAGUACAGCAAAUGUUCUAAUUAACAAAUGUUUAAUAAUUGCAGAUAGUUAGAAAAAAGAAUUAAAGAUCAAACAUAAAUCUAUAUACACAAUAUAUACAAUGACACAUUUCAUGUUUUAAAUCUGCCACCAAUGUUAAUACUGUACACAAUCAUUCAAUUAAUAAAAAAUAAAAGGUUUCUAACCACUU